CUCACUGAGAAGAGGUUGUUGACACGAUCUUAGGAGGGGACCAAGAGGAGUCACACCAAAAGCGUACACAUGUUUUGUUUCAAGGAGGAGGGAAGUAAUAAUCGAGUCGCUUGAGCAGCCGUUCCAGCCUUCGUUUACCGAGCCUUGCAAGCGCGCAUCGAAAAUGGAGCUACCCGCCGCGGGAGAGCACGUCUUUGCGGUGGAGAGCAUCGAGAAGAAACGGAUUAGAAAGGGUCGUUUCGAGUACCUAGUCAAGUGGAGAGGGUGGUCUCCGAAAUAUAACACGUGGGAGCCAGAGGAAAACAUUCUCGACCCGCGGCUUCUUGUCGCUUUCCAAAACAGGGAGCGACAAGAACAGUUGACAGGGUACCGCAAAAGGGGCCCGAAACCAAAGCACUUAUUGGUUCAGCUUCCCUCUUUUGCCCGGAGAUCGAGUGUCCUUUCCGGCCUUCAGGAGACAGCUCUGGACGAUGUCAAGCUCCACAAAGUGGAGCCGGUGCAGACCCAGCAGUACCAGCUCAACAGUAAGAAGCACCACCAGUAUCAGCCGCACAGCAAGGAGGGCCAGGCAGAGCAGCAAGCCAACAGCAAAAAGAAGUUCUACUACCAGCUCAACAGCAAGAAGCACCACCACUACCAGCCUGAUCCCAAAAUGUACGACUCUCAGUACCAAAAGGCCAAAGUGCCCGAGACACCUCCACCCGGCACGGGCUGGAGUCUGCCCCCGCCCCUGAAGCAGAAGUGGGUUCAGGACAAAGACUCUGGGUGUCUGAGCAAAGUGAAGGACAUAACCAUGGAGCUCAAAAAACUUCCCGCUAGCCUGGACGGCGGCAAGGAGCCUGAGGUGAACUCGUGCGCCAAGGAGGAUCCACCCCCCAAUGGAAUUAGCAGCAAGCUGAAGAUUGUCAAAAAUAAAAACAAAAAUGGACGCAUUGUCAUUGUGAUGAGUAAGUACAUGGAGAACGGCACCCAGGCAGCCCGCAUUAAGAACGGGGAGGGAGACGCGAACAGACUGUCCACAGAGAACUUAACGGAGAAGAAGAAGGCGGUGCAAAGGCAGGGGUCAGACCAGACUCAUAAAAAGGACAGUAAGGAGAAGAGUCAUGAGAACCGUGCCUCUGGGACAAUCAAUGGCCUGUCCACACAGACAGACUCUUUGGCAGACAAGCCGGCGUCCGUAGAAACGAAUGAAUCUCAACGGGCCAAGGGUGGACACACACCCUCGGAGGAUCAGCCGCUACAGUUGACCACUAAGCCCAGUACGAGCCCUUGGCUGUCCCAGAACAAGGUUGCAUCGUGCCAGAACGGAACUUGUUCGGAGGCCCCUCAAAAGUUCUCGGCGUCGAAUAAGCGGCGCCACUCGGAGCACGGCGAGGACCACGGCGGAGGGAAAAGGUUCCUGAGCUCCAGGAGCAUCAGCGCUCCCAAUCCCGGGACAUCUCCCGCGCAGAGCCAUUCCAUGGAUCUAACUGGCCAUCCGUAUCCCAGCAACGGGCACGACUUUACCUUUCAGAACUCCAACCCCGAGGAGCCCAUAGACUUGAGCUGCGUGCGCUCCAGGGAGGAGAGAAACGGGAUGGCAAAGACCCCGGCGGCCGCUCCAGAGGGACUGGAGCCCGGGCCAGCCACGCCAGGGGUGCUGCCCACCUCAGCGCUGGCAUCAGCGCCCACUGCGGAGGAUACCGCUGCUGCUUUUAAGCCUUUCCUUGGGAACAUAAUCAUCACUGACGUCACAGCCAAUUGUCUCACUGUGACUUUUAAGGAAUAUGUUACCGUUUGAGAUAUGGAUUUCAGGACUAGAAGACUACUGACUUUGAUUUUGUGAAUAAUGUACAAAUGUAUAUUGGCCUUGAAUUCCUGAGAAGAAUUAUUGAGAUAUUUUCAGAAGCUUUUGAUUAUAAUCUAAAAAUCCUGUCUUCAUACUUUGGGGUUUAUACUGAUUAAUUUUUAAAUUCACCCUGCCGGUAAUCACAAUGUAGAUGACUGAAGAGGUUGUUGUUUUGUAGUCAUGGCCCAUCUCCUUAUUGGUUAAUCUGUUGGAGGUGCAAGCUAAACAUCAAGCACUUACUCAUGUUAAGAGCUGUGUAACAUUUGUAUCUUAACUCCUUAUUGUGUUGAAUUUUUGUAUCAGAAGUGAUCCUGGAAAGAGCAAGGUGGAUUGCUUCAAUCAUUCUGUCUUUUGUGUGUGUGUGUGUGUGUGUGUGUGUGUGUGUGUGUGUGUGUGUGUGUGUGUGUGUGUGUGUGUGUGUGUGUGUGUGUGUGUGUGUGUGUGUGUGUGUGUGUGUGUGUGUGCGCAUUUGCUAUGUGUGUGUGUGUGUGUGUGUAUGUUUUGAGAGUGGUUGGGUGCGGCUACUUGCAUUUAUGCAGUUUGGGCAGUGAAGAAGCAGAGUAGAGAAGUGAAACCUGAAAGCUUUGUGUUGCAUGGACAGAUCAAGCAGUGAAAACCCAUGGAAUUAUGACAUCUUGUCAGAUGCACAAGUUAAUGUGAAGAACCGUGGUAUCUAAUGCACUUUGCACUGUUCUUCAAAGGUUAAUGAAUGGAUGAUUUAAAGUUAUCAAACAUGUGGAUAUUUUAAAUGGUUCAGGUCAGCAACCCACUUGCUAGAUGAACAGCUAUUUUAGAUGCAGGAGUGCACAAAACUGUGUUUAACCUGAAACUAGAUGCUUCCAUUGACCCCCCAAGCUAGAAAGCAUUGUAUUACCAUGUUUUGUUUUUAUUAUUUAAUUUUUCCUCUAUAAAAAUGUUGAAAGCUUCUUAUUUCAGAAUUGUUGUCCAUUACAUUGCUAACAUGCUAGAACUUCAGUUUGCUAAAGCUGGACGUGUGAAUUUCAAAGCAGUGUUACUCCCUAUAACAUGUCUGCUUUUGUUGUUGUCUGUAAACAGUCAGUUUAACUCAAGUAGUAACAGUGCCUUAACUUGACUUUGAAAGAUAAACAUAAAGCAUAGGCUUAACAUAAACUGUGCGUUCUGUUGCUUUGAGUGUAUUGUUCAAGGCCCUUUUACAUGGUCUGCAACGUCAAAACUUUGUUAUGUACACUGCUUAGCUUCAAUAUCGACAUAUUGCCACGUUGAUGCUUUUUGUGUCCCUGCGUGGACCUUCGUAGAUCUUCAAAGGCAAAGGUUAGACUUUUGUGUUCCUUGCCAGAGCGUGUCCUCUACCACAUUGUUCCCAUUUUCUGGCCAUGACGGUUGUCAACACUUAAUUCAGAGGAAUUGUCCUUCUGGUUGGGAAGAGGUCAAUUCUGUUGAACAAAUAACAGUGGCAUUCCCUCUGCAAAACCAUUUGCAAUAAAAUAAAUAAAUAAAAAAAUA